GUCGGCUAAUCAAAAUCAGUGUUAGAUUAGGUACAUUAUUAGACAAUAUAACAUCAGGACCUCUUUUCAGGUCAUAUUCAUAUCAUAGAUAAUAUAAGAUCCCUUGAGCAUGCUUUUGCUACUUUCUUAUAUUUAAGUUGGUGAUUGAAGUUUGCAGUUUUAACAAAGUAGCUCUCCAAAUAAACAUCACUCAUUUAUAGCCAUGAAUGUCAAAAACAUAUUGCCAGUUUUGUGUUCUGUUUUGUGUUUCCAAAUUCCUUCAUGUUUUGGAGCUGACAGUGUAGCUGCAAAUGAAUAUCUCACUGGAGACCAAACAAUAGUUUCUGCGACAGGGCUGUUUGAGCUAGGCUUCUACAAACCAGGUAACACUAGCAACUACUACAUAGCCAUAUGGUAUAAGAAAAUUCCUGGAAAUGCUGUAAUUUGGAUAGCUAAUAGAGAUAAGCCUGUUUCUGACAAGUAUGUAUCGAAGCUAAGAAUAUCGAGUGAUGGUAAUUUAGUUCUUGUUACAAAUGUGUCUAAAACACCAAUUUGGUCCACAAACUUGAACUACAAUAGGUCUGAACCUGUUGAAGUUGUCCUCCUAAAUGAUGGGAAUCUUGUUUUGAGGGAAAAGUCUAGUUCAAGUUCUCCCCUUUGGCAGAGUUUUGAGCAUCCAACCGAUACACUUAUGCCUGAUGGUAAAUUAGGAUUUAGCAAAGUCACAAAUUCAACCCAAAUUCUUACUUCUUGGAAGAAUUUACAAGAUCCUGGAACAGGUCUUUUUAAUAUAGAGCGUGAUCUUAAUGCUAGUCAGUUCAUUAUGUUGUGGAACAAAACCGAGCAAUAUUGGAGUAGUGGCCUAUGGGUUCCUGAUCAACAGAUAUUUAGCCUAAUACCAGAGCUAAGGUUUCUGAAAACUCAGCUUUAUAGCUUUAGUUAUGUUGAUAAUGAGAAUGAGAGUUAUAUCACUUAUUCUGUUCAUAACCCUUCAAUUGUAACAAGGUUAGUCAUGGAUGUUUCAGGACAGCUUAAGCAGCUAACGUGGUUGGAAAGUUCCAAACAAUGGGUUUUAUUUUGGUCACAGCCUGGACAGCAGUGUGAAGUUUAUUCAUAUUGUGGUACUUUUGCUACUUGUAAUCAAUCAUCUCUUCCAUAUUGUCAUUGUUUGCAAGGUUUUGUACCAAACUCAGUAAUGGAGUGGAAUUUGAAUGAUUACUCUGGUGGGUGUACUAGGAAGAACAAGUUGAUAUGUGAGGGCGGAAAAAACGGAGAUAAGUUCUCAGUAAGUCCUAGUAAAGUAUUACCAGAACAUCCACAUUUUGUCUCUACUUCAACUACUGUAGGAGAAUGUGAAUCUGCAUGUUUAAGGAAUUGCUCUUGCACUGCAUAUGCUUUCGAUGAUAAUGGUUGUUUUGUUUGGUUUGUUGACCUCUUGAACAUGAGACAGCUAGCUGACGAUAGUGGCAAAACUCUUCAUAUUAGGCUUGCAGCAUCAGAUGUAGAUGUCCAAACAAGUAGUGGAAAUGUAAAAUUAGUCAUUGGUGUUACAGUAGGUUUAGGCAUGGGGUUAGUAGUAGCUGUUUUUGGGCUUGUUUUUGUUAUUUAUUACAGACAGAAAAGGCGGUUUCUCAAAGCUGCAAAAAAUAUGCAGCACUCAUUGGCACGAUUUGCGUAUAGAGAUCUGCAAUCUGCCACGAAAAACUUCUCUCAGAAACUUGGAGGAGGGGGUUUUGGAUCUGUUUUCAAAGGAAUUUUACCAGACUCAACGGUUAUAGCUGCAAAGAAACUGGAAAGAAUGAAGCACGCUCAAGGGGAGAAGCAAUUCAGAGCAGAGGUAAGUACAAUUGGGAUGAUUCAGCACGUUAAUCUUGUUCGUCUUCGUGGGUUUUGUUCAGAAGGGUCUGAGAGGUUGUUGGUUUAUGAAUAUAUGCCAAAUGGAUCACUAAACACUCAUCUAUUCAAAAGAGAAAACACACAGAUUUUAAGCUGGAUUGUGAGGCAUCAAAUAGCAACAGGAACAGCAAGGGGAUUAGCUUAUCUACAUGAAAAAUGCAGGGAUUGUAUCAUACAUUGUGAUAUUAAGCCAGAAAAUAUACUUUUGGAUGCUGAGUUUUGUCCAAAAGUUGCAGAUUUUGGGUUAGCAAAGCUUGUAGGAAGGGAAUUCAGUCGUGUUUUAACAACAAUCAGAGGUACAAGGGGUUAUUUAGCACCAGAAUGGAUAUCAGGAGACGCAAUAACAGCAAAAGCCGAUGUUUAUAGCUAUGGGAUGAUGCUGUUUGAGAUUGUUUCAGGAAGAAGAAACAUUCAUAUAACAAACGAAGCGAGGUUGGACUUCUUCCCAACUUGGGCUUUAACCAAAAUAACUGAGGGAGAAGAUGUUUUAAGCAUUCUAGACCCUCGGUUAGAAGGAGAAGCUGAAAAAGAAGAAGUGAUGAGAAUUUGCAAACUUGCAUGCUGGUGUAUCCAAGAUGAAGAAAGUCAGAGACCAUCAAUGGGGCAGGUUGUGCAAGUUCUUGAAGGACUUUUAGAUUUUGAUAUGCCUACAAUCCCCAGAUCUAUCCAAAUGUUUGGGGGUAAUACUGAUAGUCCUAUGUUUUUCAGCGAAUUCUCAUCUACUCAAUACGCAACACAAACUACUAGUUAUGCAUCAGCUACUCAGAAUACAACCACUAAUAUGAAUGCUAUAUCCCAACUGUAGCUUCAUUACAUUUAUUUAUUGUUUUAAUUUUCACUUAAAGCUUGUUUAGCUUAAUAAUCUCUUUGUAAAUCUUCUUUAUUAUUUCUAGUGGAUUAAUUGGGGCUUUCACAAUAAACUUUCUUGUCUUUGUUUACUUGCUUAGUUCUUCAAUAUUGUUAUCGGUUUUUACAAGUUAGCUAGUUUGAACACUUCUAAUUCACAACAACUUGUAUCAAGAGCCUUGGUUUUAUUC